AAGUAAAAGAGGCAAAGAUGGAAUCUUUUUUUCACAAGGAAGUUGCAAACGUUCACUUUCCUUAAUUAUGGGCUGUGUUUGCUUAGUUUGAUUAAAAAUGCCUUAGGAUUCUAAUCAAAAGUCUUAAUGGAACUUCAGAAAAAUAGGAGGACGUGUCUGAAGUCUGCCUGUCAUGGUGAUGUGUAUUAGUUCUCUGUAGACGCUGCUUAACAGUUAAAGAAUUGCACACUACGUUAACGUUGGCCUCAAGCGCUGCAUUGCACAUGAGGUUAUUGUUUUGUAGUAUUUUGCCUAUUGGGGUUUUUAAGGGGGAAUAGUUCUCUUUAGCCAUCAUAUCACUAUGUUUUGCAAGAUGAAUGGCUUAAUCUGUAUUGACGUGUCUGCGGAAAUGAUAAUUUUCAGUUGAGUAUAACUAGGUAUUCCUCUGAGGGUAUUUAUUCAGGGUCCCUAGGAGAUUCUGUCGUUUUAUGCUGAAUAGCAGAUAAGAUUGCCAAAUACAGCUUUCUCCUGCAGACCAUGAACCCGAAACUCCUGUACUCUCCUUGGAGUAGAUAAAUUCAGGGUUUCCCCGAGUUAAAUUGAUGUCAAAGUAAGCACUUUGUUGUCUGAUUCACUAUCUGAGAUGGUUAAGACAUCAUAUAUUUGUACUGUUCUGUGAGGUUCUUCCUUGGAAUAAACAAGUAUUUUACCGUGUGAAGAAGUUUGUCUGCAAAUGCUGGUUUCUUGUUAGUUUGAACCGAUAAUUGAACUUCAAGAAUGGAUGUUCCUGUGAAGAAACCUCAGGAUAAUGGGCCGAAAACCUUAGUCAGUGAUGACAUUUUGGCUAAGAGGCUAAAAAAUCGGGAGCGUCAACGCAGAUAUAGAGAAAGGAAACGUCUUAAAGCUGAUAGUAUGAAGGUGUUGGGCACAAACCAGCUAGUUUCAUUGCCAGUGGGGGUGCCCGUGAUUGUUUCUCCCCAGGAUAGUACACUGCCAGUGAAUGUGGCUUCGCUGGACUCUUCGGUUCCAGUAGAAGUUGCUCCGCUGGACUCUUCAAUGCCAGUGAAUGUUGCUCCUCUUGCCUCUUCAGUUCCAGUGAAUGUCACUCCCCGGGCAUAUGUAAUGCCAGUGGAUGCUUCUUCCCGAGAGUCUGUCACCCGUGUUUACUCCGGGCGAAAUUGGAAAAGGGAUGCCCGAAAGGCCCAUGUUGCCAGGCAGAAUGAAGUUAGUACUAAUAAUACGGUUUCUCCAGAUUUAGCUUCAAUUGGUGAAGGUCAAGCAACAUUACUUACCCACGUUGAACAGUCAGAUGUCGCGAUGAGUGAUGUUAUUUCUUCACCUGUGACUGCAUCGGAAAAUAUCGGAACACCCAAAUCUAUUGCCAGCAGGAGAAAUUGGAAAGCAGAAGCUAGAAAUAAGAAGAGCUGAAAUUGUUGACAAUAUGUUAAGGUCAAGUAUGUCACAGAACAUUAUCAAUUGUUAGCAGCCUUUUGCAAUAUCAUUAUGUACAACAUUGGAUGGACGGAUGAACUUUGAAUGAUAUUAUAUCGGAUGCCCGACUUACACGGCUCUUAUUUUUUGCUUCUGAUUAAACAAGUGAGAAGAUCCUGACCAUUGCUAACGUCCAGGUUUGUCAGGUAUGAAGUUAGGUUUUAGAGUAACUUUAGGAUACUUUCUUCCAACGAAAUGAAUCUUCAUAUAUUUCACGAGACUCGGACGAUGUGUUUCUGUACAUAUAUGUUGUACGUGGAUAACUCCACUUGUUGGAAUUACACUGGAUAUGUUGUUUUUUUGUAUCUGUUGUAUGUGGAUCGAUCAUCCCUUGUGCGGUUUAUCAUUCAAGAAACAUUUCACAGUUUGAAUUUUGCAUA